CGCGGGCAGGAGGGUCCGUCUCCCUGGUGCGGCUGCCCAACCCCCCUCUGUCAGCAGGACUCGCGGUUCUCGGAGAAGCAGGAGGACGACCAAGAUCCAGGCCGCGGAGCCGGGAGGAGGAGGAGGUCUCCCGUCCAGACAGGCCCCCCGAGCUGAUGGCCCAAGAUGUCGGCCACCAACAACGUCGCUCAGGCCCGGAAGCUGGUGGAGCAGCUGCGUCUGGAGGCCGGGCUGGAGCGCGUCAAGGUGUCGAAGGCGGCGUCGGACCUGAUGGGCUAUUGUGAGCGCCAGGCGCGCGCCGAUCCCCUGCUGGUGGGGGUCCCGGCCUCCGAGAACCCCUUCAAGGACAAGAAGCCCUGCGCCAUCCUGUGACUGCCGCCUCCGGCUCUGUCCCCCGUCUCUGUCUCCGUCCCCUCGUCUCCUGUCUUCUCUGUCUCUCAACUUCUGUCUCUUGUCUCUCCCCUUCGCCUCACUUCCUCUGUCCUCCAGCUUCUCCGCGCUGUGUCUCUGCUCCCCAUCUCCCCAUCUCUCUGUCUCUCAUCUCCUUCUCUUCUAUCGCUCCCCUCUGAAUCUCCUGUCUCUCCUUCUGCCUCUGUCUCUCUCUCCGUCUCCUCUCUGUCUCUGUCUCUGUCUUUGCAAGAAGCUCCAGGACACUUCGCCUCCCCCCGACGCCCGCCGCCUCCCCCAGUGGGUGCCGAGCACCCCGGGUGCUCUCCCUUGGGGACCCCAGGUGUGACUCCAACUCCCAGAGCUAGGGGGCUCCGCCGGCUUUGGCCCCCUGGUGUGCGGUGACCCCCAACCCCGUGACCUUUGGGGGCCAGGCUGACCCCCGACCCCUACACCUGACCCCGUGCUCCCCAAGACGCCAGGCCCACAGACAGCUCCUGCCAUCGGAGCGCCCUCCAGCACCCCUCUCCCCGGCCGGACCGGGAGCACCAGGGGCUUGUGGGAGCCGGCGACCCCUGACCCACCCACAGGGGCCCGGCCUGCUGAGAAGGUGGGUGCCACCCUCUGUGAGGACCCAGGCCAUAAUCCUGGGCCCCUCCUGCCACGCCCGGGGGACCCCACCCCGACCGACCCCCAGAGGCAGCGCCCUGAAACCAGGCGUCACGGGCUGGGGUGGGGUUGGGGGUGGAAGUCCCGGGUUUGAGCCCCCCCCAGCCUCCACACAACAGCGCCUGACCAGUGGGGGUGGGGGAGUGUCUCCCUGUCUCUGUCUCUCCUGCCAUGAAACAAGAAAAAAGCUUUUUCCUGGGGACCAUGGGGUCACCCUGGAGGCUGAAAAGACAAGUGAAAUGAAAUAAAAUAAGAAAUCAAAACGAACUGGCCAGAGAACGCA